UCCACAUAACGCUUGACAUAGCUAUCAUAGGUGCCGUGGUGCUUUGCAGCGUUCAUGAGCACAAUGUAUAUCUUCCACUUCAAUUGCACUUCAAAUUUCAGGUAUGGCAAAGAUGUGGUGGUCGAAGCACAUAGUCGCGAUAUUGGCAGCGACCGCAGCUGUUUCCAAAGCAGACGGCAGUCAUGAGUGUAAUGAUCGCUACAAGCCGGGUUAGAUGACAUACCGAGCCAAUGCUAAUUCACGUUGCAGAUGCAAGUCGAUCGGUCUCGACAGGUAUCCAGCUCGAGCCAACACAUUUUCAGUCUCUCAACUCGCAGCGCAUCGAAGUAACUUACGGCACCUAUACCGUUCCACCUCGCAGCGAAGACGAUGGCAUGAUGCACUUCCGAGGCCGCUUUAGCCCUCCAUGCACCGACUGCCUCGUCACCUCAAUGCUUGCCGACAUCCGCUACCCCAACGACACCGUCGCGGACGCCUCAACCGGAAUGUGGAUGCACCACGUCGUCUUCGUCAACCUCAACCGGUCCGACUCCACCUGUCCCGAGAUCCUCCCAAGUCAGCAGCGUUUCUUCGCCUCUGGGAACGAAAGGACGGAGGUCGAUCUGACCGCUGGCGGCGCCAACAAACUCGGGUAUGCCUUUAACGCCACCGACAUGCUCGCGAUGCAGGGCGAGUUGAUGAACUUGCUCGACGAGGCGCAGAAGGUCGUCGUUUCUGUGACGUGGGAGUUCAUUGAUCGCUCCUCCGCCAUAGCCGCGGGGUUCAGGGAGGUUGUGCCAUACUGGCUCGAUGUGGGCGGAUGUGGGAAUUCUGACAAACCUGCCUUGCCGGACCAAGCUUUCGAGUAUGGCAGUCCUCGACUCCACGUGCGGGCUUACGGCGAGAUCGCCUUCGUCGGCGGACACUUGCAUGACGGCGGCACGCACAUCGACAUGCUGCGGGAUGACAAGGUGAUCUGUACCAUGCGGGCAGCCUAUGGCAAGGCGGACGCUUCGGUGGAUGGAAUGGAGCAUAUCGCUCAUAUUCCCGUCUGUACCGAUGUAGGUGCGGUGGAUCGUAAUGACCAAUGGACUAUCAAAGCGUACUACGAUACCAUCGAGCACCCGCCCAUGGCUCUUGACGACGGCUCGCUCGAACCGGUCAUGGGAAUAGCCAUCGCCUAUGUGGUCGGGGGCGAAAGGAACAGUGGCAAGGGAAAGGGGUCCUCGUACAAUGAAGUUCUAUGGAUUGUUCUGCCACUCAUAUCGCUGGUUCUUGUGGCUACAGGACUGGGACUGAGGCGGAAUCCGGAGGUGGCGCAGUCAUGGUAUGACUGGAUUCGUUACCGCGGAUGGCAGAGGGUCAAGCUUGACGACGAGCAGCAGGCUGCUCGCGAAGAAGAGGGCACGCUGUUGGCUGGUCAGAGGCACAAUAACGAUGAUGAAGUCUGAUGAGACACGAUGAUACGAAGGAAACGGUCACGUAUGUCAUGUACUCUACUUCGUUGGUCAUUUCGGCUUGUUAUGAUAAGCUCUGGACUAUAUUAUUGCAACGGAGAUGUGGAGCUUGCCCGAGAGUCUGUCGCGUCACGUAGGUAAGGUAAAUGCGAAAGAAACCUCACGUCCUGGGCAUCUUAUUGAUGAAGAUGACGGUCCAGCAAUGCGUAGAGGCGCUGCCCAAGUGUACAGGGAUGUGUGCAGCGAGCUGCA